AUGGAAUAAAAAUCUUCAAAGCGAAUAUUUUCUUUGGAUUCAAAUUUUGAACAUGCUGAAUUCAUUUCAGCAAGAACAGAUACAAAAUAAAGAUUAGGAGAGUUAUUUAUUUAACAUCCAACAAAGUUAGAAAGUAUGAAUAAUAAUAAUUAUACUUAAAGUGUUUGGACUGAGAUAAGUAAGUUCAAAAAUUCCAAAAUUUAAGCAUGCCAAACCUUUAUUUGAAUUACCAUUGAAUGAUACUUAAAGGUCUUUGACACAUUAGACAACAUCAAUAAUUGAUUGUAGUAAAUGUAACCAAAGUCUUUCAAAAAUGAUAAAUAAUAAAAGUAAUCAUGAGAAGUUGAUUCUUUCUUAACCUACAUUAGUAGCAGAGGAAAAGAAAGAAAUUUAAAUGUAACCUCCAAAAAGAUUGGUUAGUCAUCAUGGAAGAUAAAGGAAUGAAUUGCCUCCUAUAUUAGCUCAUCCUCAUAUAUCAGCUCCUCCUUUUUUUUAAUAAUCUCCAAAGACUUAAAGAAAAUAAAAAACAAUGGGUAAACUUUCUUUUGGAAGGAUUUCAAAAAACUUUGAUCAUGAACUAAUGCAUGUGAUUUAAUCAGAACUUUAGAGGUAAUUCAACAAUGACCUUUAAAAAGAUUAUCCAAUUAAUAAGAUGCUGCAGAAGCAUGUAUUAAUUUAUGACAUAUAUUAUUCAGUAAAACCUAAAGAGAUGUAAAUAAGUAUCACUUAGCCAAGCCAUCAAAGAUUUUAAGAAAUCAAUAUAGAGUGAAGAUAAGUCGAAUACUUUUGAACUUUUCAAAUUAAAAGAAAAGGAAUUAAAUUAAUUAAUAUCUGGGCAUAAUUAUGAAAUUUAUUAAACUAUUGAUGAUAUAAUAUGA